CUGGCCUCAAAACGACGUCGUUUUGGGCCAGGUUAAAAAAAAAAAAACAGAACAACACACACGCACAGCACUGCACAGAUUCAUUUUCUCCUUCAUUCCCAAUUCCACAUCAGCCCCUCUCUUGCCAUCCUCUCAAACCCUAACCUCCCAACCUCCCAACCUUGGACAACCUCCAUCAACUCUUCACUGGUGGCCCAGUGCCGAUCACCACCACCUUCUACCGCCGUCCGCCGCCCAUUUUUUAAACUACAAGUAAGUAAGCAUGGAAAAUCUGAAAUUAAUAAUUAUAGUGAUAAAAAUUAUAUUGUUGAUAUUGAUUUGUUUUUUUUAUGUAAUGAAAUUUAUGGAUAUAAAUCAUAUUGAUUGAUUGAGUUUAUGCUUGAAAUUUAUGGAUAUGAUUCAUGUUGAUAUUUUUUUUUUAUGUAAUUAAAUUUAUGGAUAUGAAUCAUAGUGAUAAUCAUAUUAAUGUAGAUUGAUUGAGUUUAUGUUUGAUUGAUAAUAUGAAUUGAUUGGGUAUAUUAAAUAUUGAUUGCUAUUUGAUAUGAUAAUUUGGUAUAUUGAAUAUUGAUUUAUAUGGGUUUAGGGAGUAUAUUGAAUAUUGAGAGUGGGUUAUUGAAAUUUUCAUAUUCAUAUGAUAAUUUGGAUAAAAAUUAAUGAUUGAUUGAAUUAAUUGAUUUGUAGAUUUAUGGAACGAUUCUUUAAAAGAAAAUUAUCUACGGAUAGUUCUUCUCUGUCUAAUCCGGGUAGUUCAAAUGCAAGACCAAUUGAAGUAGAUGAGAUCUUAGCUAAUCUUCAAGCAGACCCUGGACUAAGAACUCGAAUGGCGGAUUAUAGUCCUAAUAUUCGGGAUGAGAUCCGAAGAGCAUAUCUACAAAAGGGACCUUGUCAACCUAGAAGUUAUAAAUUCCCACAAACUAAUCAAUCAGGAAUUAAUAGACCCUUCAUUGCUCAUUGGUUUGAUGAUCAUGAUUGGUUGGAAUAUAGUAUUGCUAAAGAUGCUGCGUUUUGUCUUCAUUGUUAUCUCUUCAAAUCUAAUUUUGAUCAAGUGGGUGGUGAUGCAUUCACUGGGGUAGGCUUCAAUAAUUGGAAGAAGGCGAAAGAAAGAUUUAACCUUCAUAUUGGACCGGUUGGUAGUGUUCACAACCAAGCUAGAGAAGUUGCUUACAAUUUGAUGCAUCAAACUACACACAUUGAAACAAUUGUGAUCAAGCAAACAAGCCAAGCUCGCACGGCUUAUCGCACUUGCUUGAAUGCAUCACUUAAGUGCACUAGGUAUUUGUUGCGGCAAGGGCUUUCUUUUCGUGGUCAUGAUGAAAGUGCACAAUCAAGUAAUAAAGGGAAUUAUUUAGAGCUCUUGCAAUUUCUUGCGGAUCAUGAUGAAAAAGUUAAGGCCGUUGUGUUGGAAAAUGCUCCGGGAAAUUUAAAGUUAAUAGCUCCUUCAAUUCAAAAAGAUCUUGUCAAUUCUUGUGCCAAAGAAACCAUUGAUCUUAUCUUGAGUGAUGUAAAAGAUAGAUAUUUUUCAAUAAUGGUGGAUGAAGCACGUGAUGUUUCAAUAAAGGAGCAAAUGGCGAUGGUGUUGCGUUAUGUGAAUGACAAAGGACAAAUAAUUGAAAGGUUUGUGGGGGUUCAACAUGUAACCGACACUACUUCAAGUGCACUAAAGGAAGCAAUUGAUGAAUUCUUUUCUUCCGCGAAUUUGAGCUUUUUCAAGCUACGAGGACAAGGUUAUGAUGGAGCUAGCAAUAUGAGAGGUGAGUUCAAUGGCCUUAAGACAAAGAUUUUGAGAGAACAACCUUGUGCAUUUUAUGUUCAUUGCUUUGCUCAUCAACUUCAACUAGCUCUUGUUGCGGUAGCAAAGAAAAACAUUGAUGUCAACUCUUUUUUCACAACGGCUAAUAGUUUGGUUAAUGUUGUUGGAGCAUCUUGUAAGCGUCGCGAUGCACUUAGAGCACAAUACCAAGAAGAGCUUGUGAGAGCUUUUGAAGAUGAUUGUCUUAUAACGGGGCGGGGCUUAAAUCAAGAAAGGACUCUCAUACGUGCCGGCGAUACACGAUGGAACUCACAUUAUGCAUUGCAAAAGAAAGAUCAAGACAUUGUGAGUGCAAUGAAUUUAGUGAAAACAUGCAAGGAAAACCUGCAGUUGAUGAGGGAUAAUGAGUUUGAAGAAUUGGUUGAGCAAGCAUCCUCGUUUUGUUACAAACAUGAUAUUAUAGUUCCUACCAUGGAUGAGGAAUAUGUAAUUCCAGGGAGAUCACGGCGUAAUGCUCCAAUGAAGACAAAUUAUCAUCGUUAUCGUGUGGAGAUCUUUAUUCAUGUAAUUGAUGGGCAACUUGCGGAGUUAAAUGAUCGCUUCAACGAGGUAAGUACUGAGUUACUUACUUGUUUGGCAUGCUUGAGUCCAAAAAAUAACUUUGUGGCUUUUGACAAACGAAAGCUAGUUCGUCUUGCUCAAUUUUAUCCUUAUGAUUUUUCGGAUAGAGACUUAUUGAUGCUUGAAGAUCAACUUGGUGUUUAUGUUCAUCAUAUGCGUUCGAGUAGUGAUUUUUCUCAAUUGGAAGGGAUAAGUAGUCUUGCGGAAAAAAUGGUGGAGAAAGGAAUGCAUGAAAUAUUUCCUUUUGUGUAUUUGCUUCUUACGUUGGCUUUGGUUUUACCGGUUGCAACUGCAUCAGUGGAGAGGGCAUUUUCCGCUAUGAAUAUUAUUAAAAAUCCACUUCGCAACAGAAUGGGAGAUCAAUGGUUGAAUGAUAGCUUGAUUGUUUACAUUGAGAGAGAUGUUUUUGCUUGUAUUGAUAACGAAAUUAUAAUGCAACGUUUUCAGAAUAUGAAAACUCGUCGUGGACAAUUGUAACUUGUAUUAUUGGUUUUGUUAUGAAUUAUGAAUGGAAGUACUAUCUUUCUAUCUUUUUAGCA